CUGUUUGCGAUGCUCACCGGAACGGCGAAAGCGCGGCGUGAGAGGGGACAGCGGCUCAUCCCGCCUGGUCCCGGCUGUUCCUCAGGGAUCUGAGGCUGGAACCACCAGGAAUUAUUCCUAAAAGGCUUUUUCUGGCUGCUCUGCGCAGCUGGGGGGUGUUUUCAAGAGGAACGCAAAGAGAUCUCCUUGUCCUGAGCUGCUGUGGCCGGAGCCUGGCGCAGCUCCCGGGAAUGCAGCGGCUCUGAGGAAGAUCCUGGUGCUGAGGAAGGUUCUGGUACUGAGGAAAUCCUGGUGCUGAGGAAGGUUCUGGUACUGAGUAAGGUCCUGGUGCUGACGAAGGUCCUGCACUGAGAAAGGUCCUGGCACUGAGGAAAUCCUGGUACUGAGGAAGAUUCUGGUGCUGAGGAAGGUUCUGAUACUGAGUAAGGUCCUGGCGCUGAGGAAAGUCCUGGUACUGAGGAAGGUCCUGGUGCUGAGGAAAGUCCUGGUACUGAGGAAGAUCCUGGUGCUGAGGAAGGUCCUGGUACUGAGGAAGGUCCUGCACUGAGGAAAGUCCUGGUGCUGAGGAAAUCCUGGUACUGAGGAAGAUUCUGGUGCUGAGGAAGGUUCUGGUACUGAGUAAGGUCCUGGUGCUGGGGAAGAUCCUGCACUGAGAAAGGUCCUGGCACUGAGGAAAUCCUGGUACUGAGGAAGAUUCUGGUGCUGAGGAAUUCCUGGUGCUGAGGAAGAUCCUGUCACUGAGAAAGAUCCUGGUGCUGAGGAAGAUCCUGGUACUGAGGAAAUCCUGGUACUGAGGAAGGUCCUGGUGCUGAGGAAGAUCCUGGUGCUGAGGAAGAUCCUGGUGCUGAGGAAGAUCCUGGUGCUGAGGAAGGUCCUGGCACUGAGGAAGAGCCUGGCACUGCCAGGGCUGCUGGAGGAAGGCUGGAGCUGGAGGACGUGGCUGAGCCCAGGGAGGAUGAGGAGAGCCAGGGCCUGGCAGGGACCACCAGCCCGGGCAGCGUGGAGGAGACGUAUGAGCUGCUGGAGAGGCUGGGCAGCGGCCACUUCGGCGUGGUGAGGCUGUGCCGGGAGCGCAGCACCGGCUCCUUCUACGCCGCCAAAUUCCUGAGGAUGCGGCGGGGCCGGCCGGGGCUGGAGCGGGCUCAGGUGCAGCGGGAGGUCUCCAUCCUCCGGCAGCUCCAGCACCCCAACAUCCUGCGGCUCCACGAGCUCUUCAGCAGCCCGGCAGAGGUGGUGCUCGUCCUGGAGCUGAUCAGGGGUGGGGAGCUCUUUGACUUCAUUGCUGAGAAGGAGAUGCUGUCGGAGGAGGAGGCCAUCGAGUUCCUGGUGCAGAUCCUGAGCGGGGUGGAAUACCUGCACGCUCGCCUCAUCGCUCACUUCGACCUCAAGCCCGAGAACAUCAUGCUGCAGGACAAGGAUGUCCCCAAGCCCCGGAUCAAGAUCAUCGACUUCGGGCUGGCCCAGCAGCUGCAGGAUGGCAUCACCUACAGGAGCCUCUGUGGGACCCCCCAGUACAUUGCUCCUGAAGUGAUCAAUUAUGAACCACUGAGCCCUGCGACCGACAUGUGGAGCAUCGGAGUCAUCACCUACAUUCUGCUCAGUGGCCUGUCCCCCUUCCAGGGUGAGACGGAUGCUGAGACGCUGUCCAACGUUGUGGCGGGUGCCUACGAGUUUGAGGAGCGCUGCUUCAGCCAGACCUCCGAGCUGGCCAAGGAUUUCAUCCGCCAGCUGCUGCUGAAGGAGCCACAGCGCCGCAUGAGCGCAGCCGAGUGCCUGGUGCACCCCUGGAUCAAGCCCCUGAGCAGGAAGCAGGCGCUGAGCCGCAGCCGUUCCUCCAUCAACAUGAGAAACUUCCGCAAGUUCAACGCCCGCAGGAAGUGGAAGCUCUCCUACAACACCGUGUCCGCCUGCAACCGCCUGUGCCGCCUGGGGAGGGAGGAUGAGGAGCUGCGCCGCUGUGAGAGCGACCCCGAGGAGGAGAGGAGCCCCCAGACCGCUCUGCUGCGCCGGAGGAGAAGCAGCUGCUCCUGAGCUCCCCCCAAAAAAGGCAGGAGGAGCCUUGGGGUGCCCCCAUCACCCCAUCCAAAGGGGCAGAGGCACUGCCAGCUCCAGUUCUGUGGUUUUGGGGGGUCACUGGGGCAUCAGCACCCCGCUCCUGCCCCUAGGUUUUGCCCUCCUCCCUGCUUUGUCCUAAUGAGAAAAAUAAAUGCCACCUCCUCCUCCUC